AAAACCACUCCAAAAGCAUCCAAAACAGAGCAACACUACCAAUACUUUUCACCUCAAGUCCUAAAAGGGGCCACUCUACCAAAUUUAUCACUCCUACAGUCCUAUGGCUUCAGUAUUGAUCUUCACUCUUCUUUCUUUCCUCACCAUUACCAGAGCUCAAGACAGAGCUCCCCACGGGCUUGCUUAUGAGAACCCAAUGGCUUUCUCGCCGUCGGCAGUCGACUUUUUCCACCCGGACUCCAAGCACCCCGGCACCCAAGACCCGUGUGCCGAAUCAAACUGCUCCCCACUGCCUCUAGCAGCCACGGUAGCAUCAAGUGUGACGCGCGAGAGCAAACCACGGUCAGAGGAGCGUGGCGGGACCCGGUUGGGAGCUGGUGGAGCAGCCGGCAUUGUGUUCGGUUUCGUGUGUGCUGCGGUUUUGGCAAUCGGCGUUUACUACGUAGUGGUCACGCGUCGAGCCAACUUGACUCGAACUAGUUCUAUUCAACCUGAUGCUUGAUACAGAAGCAUAUAUGCUGACCAUGAGUAUUCUGAAGCGUCAGAGCUAGGUUUGAGCCAUAUGUAGGCACCAAUGGAUUUUUCUCCGUUUUUCGUCUCUGAUUUUGGAUAUGUACUGUACGGUGUACCAAUUGGUCCUUUUUAGUGCUUACAGUUAAAUGGAUUACUAGUACGCUUAAA